CGAUUUAGUUAUUAUCAAACAGCUGGGGCGGAUGAAUUUAUUUUUUAAUUUUUUGUGGCGAAAAGUAUUUAAUGUUCAGUUGACUGUUCAAUUUGCGGUCGCUCCCCUAAUCUUACAUGAAUGUCGGGCAAUAAAAAGUUUAAUUAAUCAACAUGAAACUGCUGACAAACGCACAGAAACUGCUGCUGCUGCUCCGCCGCCAAAGGUCGUCAAAAACAACAACUACAGUUCAAGCACAUGAUCCCACAGCGGCAGGGCAACCGGCUCUAACCAGUGCCCAACUGGAUGAGCUGGAACGGAAUGCGAAGCUGCGCCAUCACAAAAACAACGUGCCCCUCAUCCGCCAGCUGAUCGAAGCCUCCGUGGGCGGUGAUCGGAGCGUGGAGCUCCAGUUGGAGGCGGAACUGGGGCACUUGCCCAAUGCCACACAUCCGCGUCUGCUGGACUACGGGGAUCAGCCGCGGGAGCUGGCCCAGUACGUGCAUCGGGAGAUGCCACCCAAGCCCAAGGAGUUCUCGGAGCUGGCUCGUGCUCUGAACUUGUAUCGCAUGGAUCACCUGGGAAACUAUACGGGCCACAAGAGCUACUACCUGACCGGACAGUUGGCCACGCUGGAGCAGGCCAUAAUACAGUAUGCCCUCGAGUCGGUCACAAAGCAUGGCUUCCAGCUAAUCUCUGUGCCGGACAUACUGCCCAAGGAGGUGAUUGAGUCGUGUGGCAUGCGCACCGAAGGUGAACGCACCCAAGUCUACAAGUUGGACACGGGCGAAUGUCUCUCCGGGACAUCGGAAAUGGCGCUGGCCGGAUUCUUUGCCAAUAAGUUGCUGGCCGAGGAGGAGCUCCCCCUCAAGGUGACCGCCGUGAGUCGGUGCUACCGGGCCGAGACAUCCGGGCUGCAGGAGGAAAAGGGCAUUUAUCGGGUGCAUCAGUUCACCAAGGUGGAGAUGUUCGCCAUCUGCACUCCCGGUCAGUCCGAGGCCGAGCUGGAGGAGUUCAAGAACAUUGAGCUGGACCUGUUUAAGCAGCUGGGCAUCAACUUUCGACUGCUCGACAUGCCGCCCUGUGAGUUGGGUGCGCCGGCAUACCAGAAGUACGACAUAGAAGCGUGGAUGCCUGGUCGCCAGAUGUGGGGCGAAAUCUCAAGCUGCAGCAACUGCACAGACUAUCAAGCCAAGAGGCUGGGCGUCAAGUACCGCCGUGCCAGCGAUGGACAAGUUGUGCAUGCGCACACCAUCAACGGGACGGCGACGGCCAUACCACGUCUGCUGAUUGCCCUGCUGGAGUCGUACCAGAAGGAGGACUCCAUUGAGAUACCCACAGUGUUGAGGCCUUUUAUGGAUGGACACGAGUUUAUCACCAGAAACAAAAGAAUACCCGAAACGAAGCUGGUGAAGUUCAUAAAAGCGGCCUAAUCUUUACACCUUUUUUGUGUAUAGUAAAUUUCCGAGUCUAAACA